AUGGGCCUUACUACGAAAGUGAAUCUAUUUCCAUGGGAUCCCAGUUCUGAUCUUCAUGUAGAAUUGCUCGUGACCCAAAGGGUGGAAUGCAGUUGGGACCAGGAAAAAGUGGAAACCAAAUGGAAAGGACAACAACUUCGGGGUGAGAAAUGCAUUUAUUGGAUUGUGCUGCCAUCGGAUGAUCCACAGAUGGCAUCAAAAGACGAAAAAAUCCAAGACACAGCGACAACAAUAAAUGCUGUAGCUCGUCAGCCAACAAAAGAAAGCUUCAUUCCAAUUGGUCAUAUUUCCCUGGAUUCCAAAAAUGUCGAAGCAGAGCACCUUGACCUAGACCUGCCAUCUGGAAACAUCUUCUGGAUCAAGACAUUCUAUAUCAGACAACACAUCCAAGGCCAGGGUAUCGGACGGGCUGCAAUGGAUGAAGUCGAGUCUAUGGCAGUGCGAGAGCCACUUAACGCGAGAAUAUUGAUGCUGGACACGGUCCAAAAAGAUGAUCAAAAACGCGAGGAAUUUGCAAAUGCGACAUAUGGCGGUAUUCCGAAAUCUACGAACGAAGAUUGGUAUUCUCGCCGAGGCUAUCGCUUGAUCAAAACAGUGCAGAACUACUACCGUGUUGAGGAUAAGAAUGGAAAGGUUUGGGACACCAAGACUGUCUUUAUGCGGAAAGACAUUGCCGGUCCUGACUAUAAAUAA